CUAAUGCAAGUGCACAGUUAACAACCCCCUUCUUUUAAUUGGUUGCCACGAAAGGAGGGGUACUUUUCCGGAUUUCUACUUAUAUAUUUCCAUUCCUCCAUUUCUUGUGCCAUCUUCCUUUGGAUUCUUUCAAUUCAUCAAAAACAUUAAAAGCUUUCUACCAUUUCGCCAUCACUCUUAUCAUCACUCUUAUCAUCAUCUAUAUCCUCAACCAUCUCAACACCACUACGUAUACUACAUAUACUACCUACCUGUGCAACAACAUCAAUACAAUAGCAAUCAUGGUUGCUGACGAUAAGCCCGCCUCUACCUUCAAGUACAAUGAAGCUCCAGUCUACACCACUUCCAACGGAUGUCCAGUGAGACACCCAGAGGAGUUUCAAAGAGUUGGUACCAAUGGUCCUCUUCUUCUUCAAGAUUUCCAUUUGAUCGAUUUGUUGGCACAUUUCGAUCGCGAACGUAUCCCAGAGCGUGUUGUCCAUGCGAAGGGUGCCGGAGCUUAUGGAGAAUUCGAAGUUACACACGAUAUCAGUGAUAUCACCACCAUUGAUAUGUUAAGCCAAGUUGGCAAGAAGACCCCUCUUGUCUCACGUUUCUCAACUGUCGGUGGUGAAAAGGGUUCUCCAGAUUCGGCUCGUGACCCAAGAGGUUUCUCCGUCAAAUUCUAUACUGAAGAGGGUAACUGGGAUUGGGUUUACAACAACACCCCUGUUUUCUUCCUCCGAGACCCAACCAAGUUCCCUCUCUUCAUCCAUACACAAAAGAGAAACCCUCAAACAAACUUGAAAGAUGCUACCAUGUUCUGGGAUUACCUCUCAACUCAUCACGAGGCUGUUCACCAGGUUAUGCACUUGUUCAGUGACCGUGGUACACCAUAUUCCUACAGACACAUGAACGGAUAUUCUGGUCACACCCACAAGUGGUUCAAGGCCGAUGGUACCUUUAACUAUGUUCAAGUCCACUUGAAGACCGAUCAAGGAAGCAAGACUUUCACCAACGAGGAGGCCGGAAAGAUGGCUUCGGAGAACCCAGAUUGGCACACUCAAGACCUAUUCGAUGCCAUUGAGAAGGGAGAUUACCCAAGCUGGAGCGUCUUCGUUCAAGUUCUUUCCCCAGAACAAGCUGAGAAAUUCCGCUGGAACAUCUUCGACUUGACUAAGGUUUGGCCACAGGGUGAGGUUCCAUUGAGACCAUUCGGCAAAAUGACCCUCAACAAGAACGUUGAGAACUACUUCGCCGAAAUUGAGCAAGUUGCUUUCUCACCAUCUCACUUGGUUCCAGGUGUCGAGCCAUCUGCCGACCCUGUCCUCCAAUCUCGUCUCUUCUCAUACCCAGAUACUCACCGUCACCGUCUCGGUGUCAACUACCAACAAAUUCCAGUCAAUGCUCCCCUCCGAGCUUUCAAUCCAUUCCAACGUGAUGGUGCUAUGGCCGUCAAUGGAAACUACGGCGCCAACCCCAACUACCCAUCUUCUUACCGAAAGCUCACUCAAAAGCCUGUCAAGGCUACCAAUGAUCAUGAGCAAUGGUCCGGUGCUGCUUUGAGCUUUUUGUCUGAGGUUGGUCCAGAAGACUACGUCCAAGCUAAGGGUCUCUGGGAUGUUCUCGGCAAGCAAGAAGGUCAACAAGACAACUUCAUCGGCAAUGUAUCUGGACACUUGGCGGCUGCUAAGGAGGACACUCGCAAGCGUACAUAUGACAUGUUCAGCAGAGUCGACCCAACCCUUGGUGCCAAGAUUGAAGAGGCAACCGAGAAGUUGGCUCCUGCUCCUGGUAGCAAGGCUGCUGGAUCUGCUCAAUCUCGCUUGUAGACUAUAGUUGUGUUAUAGGAUAAGGCAAGGUAGAGAAGAUUUUCACGUUGCGUUUGCUUUUUGCGAUGAUAUCUAUAAUUAUUUUAUGAGAGACGAAGGAAUAGGGAACGGUGAUAGGAUAGGUUAUUUUGGUGGCUUUACAAAAUUGGUUUUUAUUCUGCAAUGACAUACCCCUUUUACGAUUUCAGAGUCUCUAAGUU